AUGUCACUUCAUACAACACCAAGUCCACUGGUUGAAAAAAAGAAACUACGUACAUUUAGUCCUGUUAUUUUGUUCCAUGAUCAUCAAUAUGUAAAUGCUGGAUCAGGUGAUCUUCAACAUGUCCAUAUUCCUUACGGUGACCCAUCCUACGGACGUCAUCUUGAUUCGCACAAGAAGAGAAUACAUGAAAUGCUACAAACCAAUGGCAGAUAUUGGCUAGACAUCAUUACCUGGACAAGAGAUCACCCUGAGCCAUUAGAUCACUCUCCUGUGCCCUCUCUUGUGUCAUCGCCAAGCCCACCUCAUCAUCACCAGCACCAUCAAUAUCAACAAAACUACUCGCAUCAUCCACUCUACUACAACCCUAAACACAAGAAUAGUCUAGGCCGUCCUCCGUCACCUCAAGAUGACAAUGAAUCAGACUCAAAUGGAUUUCGCCUUCGCCCUAAUAAACACAUGACAGACAAAAAGGUAACCUCAGCAUCAGCAUCCAGUGCCAAUAAACGCCGACGUGGGAAUCUGCCAAAGGCUGUAACUGCUAUUCUGCGUGAUUGGCUCUCACGACAUAAGAAACACCCGUAUCCAACCGAAGAGGAAAAGGCUGCUUUGGCUGCUGAAACAAAUUUGAACCUGAAUCAAAUUAGUAACUGGUUUAUUAAUGCAAGAAGACGUAUCCUACAGCCCAUGCUGGAGCAAGAAGAAGAGCAAGACAAGACUGAAAUGGACUUGAUCGUGCCCUAUGAUGCCAGACAUUUAGAUGAUGUUUACCAUGAUCGACGGCUUAGAAAGAGAUCAGCUACUGACGUUUUAGCUGUAAAAUACCCACCAACAAAAAGAAUGGCGCCCAACACUCACAAUUCUGUCAGAAGAAGAAGUUGA